CUGAGGACCAGUGUAACAAGACCUGUGCCUGUUGAACAGAGCACUGGAGAAGACACUUCUGCUGUAGCUGGAACACCAAGGUUCCUGACAUCUACACUUUCUUCAGAUAAUCAAAGCCCAAGAGUACCCCUUCCCACACCAAGAGCCAGACCUUCUCAAGUUUCUCAAGAUCCGGUUUCACAGCCUGUACAGGUCUUCCUGCCAACCCAGUCAGCACCUACUCCAAGGGAAAGAAACAUCAGAGACCUGUUUCGGCAUGAGCCACAAAUGCCAGUAUUUCGAGAUGGUGAGGACAUUGAGAACUAUCUACUUCGAUUUGAACGCCUGGCAAAAACUUGGUUGUGGCCAGUUGAAGAGUGGGCCUACAGAUUGGUACCUUUGCUAACAGCUAAAGCACUGGAAGCUUAUACAGGAAUGGAUGAGGAAUUAUCCAACUCCUAUCCGGAUCUGAGAGAGGCACUCUUAGAAAAGUUUGACAUCUCUGAAGAAACCUACCGACGAAGAUUCAGAGGGACAACUGUUCCAGCAGGUGAAACACCUAAAGAAACCUAUCACCGUCUCAAAGGUCUCUAUCGUCGAUGGAUGAAACCAGAGACACGCAGCAAGGAGCAGAUUGGAGAGAUCGUCAUCCUGGAGCAGCUGUUUCGAGUUCUGCCUGGAGAUAUACGCACAUGGGUUCAGGAACAUGAGCCAACAAAUGGACUAGAAGCAGCUCAACUGGCCCAACAGUACCUGAAUGCUCGUCGUGGAAUAGCCCGUUCUUCACAAGCCUCUCUGCGGGAGUCAAGACCUGCCAGGGUCCAUGCCAGCCCUUCUCACUUUGAGCAAGGCCAGGACCAGUCGGUGAUGCCAGCGGUAGGUCAGAAGGAGACACCACAACGAAAAGGUACUCUCAUUUGCUUUUAUUGUGGCCAGCAAGGACACAAAGCCUCUGUGUGCCCUCUGAAAAAACCAAAACUUUCUAGUCUGUGUUAUGUCCCAAGAGAGGGCAAUGUGUCCUCAUUGAUGGUAGGAGAGUCUGUGUCCAGUCAUAUUUCUGGUCGGAUAGACAAGGACUCCAGUGACUGUAUUGAACUAACAUCCAAACCUGGUCGGACAAACGUGGUCAAGCAUGUCAUCCACCUCAAGGAUGACACACCCAUCCGACAGAGACCCUACAGGUUUGCCACCCUUGCUGCCCCACUAACCGAAUUGACUCUGAAAUCAGGAAAGAACCCUGUACAUUGGACUGAGAACUGUAAGAAGGCAUUUCAGGCUCUCAAAGAUGUUCUGUGCUCAGAGCCCGUACUGGUCAGUCCUGAUUUCAACAAACCCUUUACUGUGCAGGUGGAUGCUUCCGCUGUUGGCAUUGGUGCUGUCCUGGUCCAAGGUGUAAAGGGUGAAGAGCGUCCGGUACUGUAUCUGAGUCGUAAACUACUGCCGAGGGAGAUGAGGUAUUCCACUGUAGAAAAAGAAGCUCUGGCUAUCAAGUGGGCCUUAGAGAGUCUCCAAUACUAUCUACUGGGCAGGGAGUUCAUCUUAGAGACAGACCAGCGCUCACUUGGCUGA